ACAAAUUCAAAUCAUAUUUCCAAGUCAAUCAUUGCAACUCAAACAUUUAAAUAGUUUAACAAUCUUUGAUCAAUAGCAACAUUUAUGAGUCUCUACAUAAAAAUACUGAAAGUCACAAUUUUCUUGACUCACUAGCUGAUGUAUUUUGUAUUAUUGUUAAUCUAACGAAACCUUUGGUUAAACCAACAUGGUGCUUACGAAUUUUGAGCAAAAUUCAAGUAACUUAUACAAAAAAUUGUCGUCAAAUGAACGAAGUGGUCGAGCACAACUGGCUGCUCAAAUAACGGCUCAAUCAGCGUAUCAACCAGCCUACCAAUCAAAGUACAAUCCGUAUUCAUCUGAUCAAGUGAAAAAGCCUUCUUGGUUGAAGAGUAAAGUGAAAAAUUGGCCUGAAAAGUUAUCCAAAUGGGUGGAAAGCCAUGCAACUGAUUCCCAACUGAUUUAUCUACUCAAUUACAUGGAACAGCAAAGUAAAUCUCGAUUAAUUGUCAUCAAUGGUUACAAUCAAAAGGAGAACCGAUCGUUGAACAAGUUUAAAAUGGCUGCAAAUUUUUUUCUCUGUUUCUUGAAUUUUGUUAUUGUUAUAAGAUUCGGUGUUCUGGCCUGGUUACAAGACGAUGAAAUGAGAGGCAUUCUCGGUGAUUGUUUCAUUGGCUUCUUUGGUAAGGAAAUAUUAAACGCGACAACUUGCAUUGCUUUUUUUGUAUUUGCUAGCAUCAAACUAAGUAUGGCCUAUCAGGAGUUCAAAGCACCGAUAACCUAUCUUUGUUUCUUCAAUAAACUACGGAACAUCAAGUUCAGGGGGAAUAAGUUACUUCUAGAUCCACAAAAUGAGACUAAAUUUCGAAAGCUAAUCUUGGUGUUAGGAUACUUCAUAAUCAUGUCUACUUAUCUGGUCUGGUUACCCAUUCUCAUGAUUCACUUGUUUAGCAUGGUGACAAAUCCCUUCUUUACCUAUCCAUUGUUCAUCUGUCAAUGUGUCUGGUUAAUUCCUAUUCAUAUUUCCGUCUUUUUAUCGCUCCAAGCAAGUUGGUGGUUCUUUUUCCACCUCAUUGUUGGCAUUAGUUAUGCAACUGGUGUUUUCAAUUCGCUAGCAACCUUUGGUCAUCGAGUAAACAACAAAAUUAUAAAGACAAACCCAAAAGAGAUCAUCGCUUUCUUUCAGAGUCAACAGCGUCAAUUUAAUCUGAUUGAAGAGGUUAAUCGACAACUGACUUGGGGUACAUUCGCUGGAUACAUUUUCGGCUCUUUAAUGAGCGAAUUGAUCUUCUUUUGUUCAACCUACUUGGGAACUGGAUCCAAUAUUGUGGACAAUCUACUCUUGUACCUGGGCCUUGGUUUCUUUGGAGUUUUAAUUGCUUUUAAUUUGUUUGCUGCAAGAACCCAAAGCCAGAUAGUCAGAUGUGGACUCAAUAAUUAUCGUUUGUCGACAAUCUGGCCUUCUAAUUAUUCAAUAUAUUUUAAGGCUAGCGUAACAUUUGAAAGAUUAUCUUGCAAUACUAUGGCUUUUUAUGUUGGACAGUUGUUUCCCAUGGACGAUUUUCAUUUUUUAAUAUUCUUCUUGGAAAAUGCAAGUCUUUAUUUGUUAUUGAUCACCAAUAUUUCUGCUAAAACUGGACGACAAAAUUAGGUGGACAACGACAACAGUUGGACAGCCAAUUACGAGGACAACACAAGUUAUACAAUUUUAAUUCACAAUUAGACAAAGUUCGAGAAAUCAAAAAGACUUAGCAGUUGAAUAGCAGACUGAAACACACAUAGAGUAAAUGUACCUGAUUUACAUCAAUAUUAUACAUUGAAGGCAGCCUUUCUUCCCUAAAUUAUUGUACUCAUCUAAUGAUAUUAACAUUUUACUAUUUAUUGUAUUAGUAAGAACGGGUGAUAAACUGAUUGUAAAUUAAAUUUUAGUA